AAUCACUACUAAUUCAAACUAGUAGUAGUUUUUCCCUUGAUUAGGACGGUGCUAACUAUUAUAUACGUUCCCGAUUGGACCUUCUAAAAAUAAAAAAAAACCUUGUCCAUUAACAUCAACUCAUCAAAGGUUGAGAUUUGGCGAGUUCAAGUGCCCGGCCUGCUCGCUCGGCCUAUCCACCACAGAGAUACCAUCAGAUUAUGUUUCUUAUUACAUUCAUCUUAUUUUUUAUAUAUAUUCGAUCUUUUCCGUAUUUAAUAUUCACAUAUACUAAGGGAGUGAUAUAAAAUAAGGAUUAAAUGUCACAGCAACAACAAUUCCUAUGCUGGUUGUUGUGGGAUGGAGGAGAUAUGAUUCUCUUUAACAAGAUUAGUUGGAUAAUUAACCACCAUAACAUCAGUGGAUUAGAAAGUGGAAAAUGGAGUUGUUGAGGUCUAAUUAACCCUUCUGUGUUCUGAAGAGGUGGGAAACCAUUGUUUAGUGCAAGAUAUAGAAGUCGUAAUGGAUGGGCUGUUUGUGGGGUUAAGUGAAAAGUAAAUAGUUAAUCGCCAAAAUCAUUUAAAAAAAAAAACGAGUAAAAUGAUGUUUUAGCCUAAAACAUGUUAGAUCGAUGAUGUUACUAUAAAGUUCUAAGUUAUAACAGUUUUAGUCAGAGAACAAAUCUUUUAAUAACAUUAUAUAUAUGUAAGUUUCUUGGCUUUUAGCCUCCCCUGAUGCAAAUAUAUAUAUAUAUAUAUAUAUAUGUAUAUGUAUAUAUAUAUAUAUGUAUAUGUAAGUGUCCAACUCAUUAGUACAAGGUAUUUAAGAAAGGAGGGGUCAAGGACAAAUUUGUGCGGAUUUGGUCAAAGCGAACAAUAACAUAUUAAUAUGCAAUAUAAUGCAUGGCCUAAACAAGCGAUAUCCAGAAGAUUCAGAUUCAGGAUGGUGGAUUGCAGUUACGAGAAAAGAACAACCUUCAUUGAGUGACUACGCGAUUGGGAGAUCUGCAUCUGGUUGUCCAAAUAGAGAUAUACAUCUGGUUUCCUGUGUCAAGAAGCCUAGUAAUGCUAGGUGCAUGGUGGCUUGACAAUCGAUACGAGGGGAGGCAAUGACAUUUGUGGUCCUUGGUUUGAGAGAUGAUUGUUGGGAUGCAAUUCAAGUGCGAUAUUGGAAAAAUAAGAGAUGAUCUCAUUGUAUUUUCACCUAACCCCAUUGGCAAGAGUUAUUUUCUAAAGAUGCCUAGGAAUAAAUUUAUGCGAUCUCUUGGCCCAAAUGGAAAAUAAGGUACUAAUGCAGAUUGUAUAGUCUCAACAAGUGGUACAAGAGUUUAAGGUUCGGUUUUCAGGAUAGUGGAUCACAACUGUGGAAGGGAAACCCUCGUCAAGUGACCUCACUAUUGUAGAUUUGUAUAAGAUUUCUUAUGUCGAGAAGUCUGGGGAUCCAAGGUGGUUGGUGGAUCGAUUAUCGAUUAGAGAGGAUGCCACCACGUUCGUGGUCGUUGACUUGAGUGGAGGAUUGUUGGUGUGCAAUCCAUGUAUCACAUUGUAAGAAAGGUAUCUCGUAUAUAUAUACUAUAUGUGUCCACGUAGCUCUAUCAAUACAAUACCUUAUAGGAAGGUGCCCAUAAAUAAAAUCGUAUGAGGUUUGCUCAAAGUGGAUAAUAUCGCACUAAUGUGUAGUGUAUGGUCUCAACAAGUGGUACAAGAUCAUGGUAUGAGAGUUUAGUUCCAAUGCACUAGAACGCAUUUAUGUGGACCUUGUUAUGUUACAUGGCGAUUAGAGAUAGGCAUUUAGAGGAUCGAAUGGAGAUCCAAAUUUUGUUUUUCUGCUGGACAUUUCAUAAAGGCGCCCUAAAAAAAUCCUUACGAACUUUACCCAAAGUUAACAAUGUCAUACUAACAUGCAAUACAUAGUCUCAACACACAUUUAAGCCACCCUAAUUACAUGGGUAGAGUAGAAACUCAAUGUCCUAAUGCAACCAUCCAUUGCACAAGAUCGAAUAGGCUUAGCCGUAUUCUUAACAAGAGAACUCCUAAAACUCCUACGUUAUCUUCCUUAAACUUACCGAAAUCUACAGUCUCCCUACAAUAACUGUUGCGGUUACUUAAACCGUUUUAGUAUUGGGCCUUGUUGGGCCACGUCUGAUUCGUUGGAUUAGGGUUUUAACCCUAAGUUUAUCUAUAUAAGCUUAGCUAUCGACUUGUGUGAUAGCAAGCCGUCAAGAUGUAAUCCUAAUAAGAGAUCAGUCGUGAGCUCUUAUGAGCUCACCGUGGAUUAGUCUCGAUCAAUCGAUCGAGGAUACCACGUAAAAUCGUUUGUAUCGUGUUCUUGUUAUUCCGCAUCUUAGUCUCGAUCAAUCGAUCGAGGAUGCCACGUGAAAUCGUUUGUCUCGUGUUCUUGUUAUUCCGCAUCAUCAAAUUCUACAAUAACCAUUUGAGUUGGUACUGUGUGUCCUAUUCGAAGAAGAAAGAGGGCCAAAAUCGAAAUUUCGCUGAGAGGCAGGGACCAAUUGGAUAGUUAUCAUCAAAAGCAGUUGGGAAAACAGAGCAAAAUCCGUGCCCUCCUCUCAAAAGCAAAGCCCAACAAGUAAUAGCUUUAUUAGCGCUGCCGACGACGCCGCGUCUCGCUUUCCCACAACGGCCUAUAAAUACGACGCAUUCAUACGCCCUGCUUCACCAACCUGACACGCCUCAACUCCACUCCUCUCCCUCUCUCUCCCCUGCCUCCACCCCGCCCCAGAAACCUCCUGACAUUUAAACAAACACCUUCCCUGCAAUACGCAAAUUAACCUAAAGUCUUAAGAAAUGAGAUCAAUGGGCGGCGGCUCCGAACCCAACAGCAUGACUACUACUCCACCAUCCGCAAUGUUGCCGCCACCGCCAGCGAUCCGAUCGCCGUGGCACUCUCCGGUGCCGUACCUGUUCGGAGGGCUGGCGGCGAUGCUGGGCCUGAUUGCCUUCGCCUUGCUCAUCCUGGCCUGCUCUUACUGGAGGAUUUCCAGCCGCCGUCAACGGGGCGGCGGGGACAUCGAGAGCGGGGGCGAGAAAGAAGGGAAGCCGGUGGAGAAUAAGGUUUUCGAGGAGAAGUUUCUGGUGAUUAUGGCUGGAGACAACCAGCCCACGUUCCUGGCUACCCCUGCUUCGAACAGAGCUGGUGUUUGUGGAUGCGGUGACGCCAGAGCCGUGGAUAGUGAUGGAGCGGAGAUGGGUAAUGAGGGGAAAGUGAAACAGGGGUUUUACGAACACGGAGAACCAACGACCGCGGCGGCGGAAGAGGGAACGGAGGAAGGGAACAGUGGACAGGGAACGCCGGAGACGCAACAGCAAAUGGAGGAUCGGAAUUGAUUUAAGUGAGAUGUAAGAGGGAGGGGGAGAGAGAGAGAGGCUCGGAGUGAUUUGCAGAGACUCCUCACCUCGCCUGGGAAUUUAACUCCCGCCAAUUUUGUUUCUUUUUCUCGUUUCUGGGUUUUGGUUUUGGAGAUUGAUCUGGGGUUUGGUCCAUUAUGUCCCUCCGGCGACCGGAAAAUGUAAAUUUUGACGAGAUGAGUCGAAAUUCUUAGAUUAUAUGAGAAUAUCAACAGUUUUGAGCCUUACAGCUAAGAAAAUGACACUGCAAUUGUGCGAAUCACAAUGUGUUUAGCUACGAUUUACAGGCAAUAAUAACAAGCUUGACAACAUGUUCAAAGCAUUCCGAAAGUGAGAAACCAAUCACAAAAUCGUCCUGUUCAUUUCUCCUUUUGUCAAUUGCUUUCUGGGUUCGAUAUGGUUUAUCCAAUUAAAGAAGAGCUGAAAAAUGAACCCAUUCCAUGAACCAAACACGCCAUAGUAGGCCAGCUUCUGCAAGCGGAAGUGAAAGAAAGAAAGAAAGGAAUCGAAACUUUAAGCACAGAUGACAGAACUGCAAUUGUUAAUUAUGUUUUGUAGUGAGCUAGGGGGGAAGAAUAAAGGCAUAAGUGGUAAUGGCGUGAGUGAAGAGACAAGAUGCUCUCUUCCGCUUCCCUUCCUUCCCCUGACCCCUCCUGUACAUUCUUGCUUCUUUCUUUAUUUUCCCCGCCGCCGCCCGUCUUAUUCCUUCAGCGACGGCGCUGACAGCCCGCCGGCAGCCAGUGCGGUGGGGGGGCCGGGCGGGCUUUUGUAAGUGGUAAGGUGGGGGACACGAGAAAGUGGAAGAAGAUGAGUUCACAGACACAUUCACUCCAAGGUCCUAAUCUCCAUUAUGUUUAUAACGCUCUAUUGCAAUUGUACAAAAUGCGAAAAAUCAAUUAGUCACAAUAAUUCGAGUUGGUGUUACAUAUUUUAAAUACGAGAGGAUGCGAUUCGAAUAAUAAAUUUUCAAAUUAUAGAAAAUUAUGAUACCAUGUUCAGAAUCAAUUGAUUCUAAUAACUCGAUUUGUAUCACGAACAAGCUUGUCAAUUAACGAGUCGAGCUCGAGCCAUGAUAUGUUCAGCUCGAUAGCUACGAAACCUCCACCGUGCCGGGGUACCAAGCCAGCCAUAGCUAGCGGCACGUCAAGGGCGUCGUGCCACACUGGAGUAAUCCAAUAUGUGGUUCCGCACGUUCCACCACUUCUCCAUUCAUUUCCAAUACCGAUCCCGAACACAACAUGAGCAACAACAGGAUGUUGAGGUCCGAAAUUCGAAUUGAAUUUUUUUAAAUUUUCCUGCUCCUAGUCGUCACAGGAAAGAAAAGCAUAAAUAGUUCGAGUUACAACCGACAUAUUAUCAGAUGAACUUGAUUUUUGCUCGUUAACCUCAUUUGACGAGCUGAGCUCGAGCUUGCCCAACAAAUCUCCUGUUGAACGAGAACCAAACUGGAGAUUAAAAUAAAAUCAACAAACGAAACAUGAACCAUGACAAAACUCAACUCGACUCGACUGGACUCGUUCCGGAGCUAACAAGUAACAACCCUACUUCCUAUGUCCAUUUAAAUUCUCCUCUUUGUUGUAUUUUUCUUCACCUAGGGAAAAGGGGAAGGUAGUGGGGUACACGUGGCCGGGGAAGAUCGGAUUGGCGUUGGGGAAGUGGAGUGGGAAGCGAACGUGGAGCGCAACGGAGAGCGGUGGGUGGGCCACAGGUGGGAGCCUGCCCGCGGCGACGCGAAGCUGCGUCUUGUAAUUGAUGAUCUUUCUUCUUCAUGCUUUCGCCAGGAAAAGAAGAAGCGUACGUUUUUUUAUUUUUCCUUUUAUUUUUGUUCUUUUGGGGUUUUGUGAUGAUUAAAUAUGGUAAUGGGCAUUAUCAUGAUGAUAGAUGCCGAUCGAGAAAGAGAGGACGCGGCGGGGGGGCCAGCUGCUUGCUGCUGCUGCCGCAGUUAAUUCUUUUCCAUUGUGGUUUUGGUGAGUGGCAGCUGGUUACACUCGAAAAAAGGCAACCCUUACAUUUAUUAUUUGUCGUGGAGAGAAAGUAAGAGAGGCUGUUGGUUUGUUGAUGGCUUCCUUUCUUUUCUUCUUCCGAUCUGUUUUCAAACCUAGCCUCUUUUGAGUAAUUUGGUUUGGUUUUGGUGAUGGGCUACACCAAGAAAUGAAGACAUUUAUAUGUUGGAAUCAAGAUUUUGUAAACGGUAUUAGAGGUUAUACUGAAAAAAAAAAAAAAACUAAUGGUAGAAUAUUUUAUACUAGAAUCGAAAAUUCUGAGUCGCAUGUAAGUUGGAGAGCUCAUUUCCUGGAAACUCUAAACUAAAGCACACCCUUCCUUGCAAAAUUCAAAAAAUUUCUCAAUCCCCCCAAAACAAAACAAAAACGAGGAGACGGGCAGACCCAAAAUUGAUUUGUCUAGUGUUGACCUAGCCGUUUCAACAACUACCAUGGAGAGAAUAUUUUCAGCAAUGGAACAUGAACAUUGAUUUGUUCAACAAAAUGAGCGAUGAAUUUCUCGUUGAUUAUUUAGCUAUUUUCUUUGAAAAAGAGUAUAUUAUCCGUAUGGAUGGAGAUUAUAUUAUUGACGAAUUUGUUAAAUUAAAAGAUCUUCUUGUCCAAUUGGCAUUGUAAUGAAAACUAUAUUAUUAUAUAUUUUUGUUUAUGGUAUCUAAUAUUUAUUCAAAUGCGGCCCAAUGCUCUCUUAUGUCCUGGAUCCGCCGUUACGGUGUUCUAGUCGUCUAGGAGGGGAUUGAGAGGGCCAGAGAGAAGGAUUAGGGUUAGUGGGUUAGCAGCUGCAGCAUGCAGGUUUAGGGUUGGGCUCGAGUUGUGACUCAGUCUUGUGACGGGCUGUGAGUGGGCACGAGCUUUGGGUUGUGAGCUUUGCUAGAUAGGCUGGGCUGAGUUGGAUUUUUCUAUCUGGUUUUUGUUUUAAUCAAGGGACAACUUUUUCUAUUGAUACUACAACCACAAUUAGAACCGAAUUGAUAGGUAUUCGAUUGCAACCGGAUGGUUUAAACUUUGCCAAACAGCAAACUCGAGACCAGAUUUCAGCCCUAUUGAGGGCUCUAAUUGAUAUGCAAUUGUAGCGCCAAUGUCUAUUUAGAUGGUUUCUCGUGUGCAUACUGGUAACUAAAACCGAAAGCUUCUCUUAUUGAGCUCAAUUUGACCAUGAAAUUUCGUGGGCCGCUCUUUCGGAGUAUGAAGAUUGACAUAGAAAAACGUGGGCUAAAUAGGCCCAACUUUAGCACAUCAGGCUCUGUUUUGGACCCGGAAGAAAUGCCAAAUGUCUCA